GUGUUGCCAUGCCGUAAAACGUUUCGUCCGACCUGCCAGUGGAGAAAGAGACAGAAGGCCUUAAAGCUUAUAAAUUUACGAUGAAUGCAGGCUUAUCAGGACACAAUUUCGUUUUAUAGACAGUGUUAUAGUGUCUUUCAUGAUGAUUAUAGAAAAUGUGGACGCCUUGAAGUCAUGGCUGGCAAAACUUCUGGAGCCAAUAUGUGAUGCUGACCCCUCUGCACUAGCCAACUAUGUGGUUGCUCUUGUAAAGAAGGACAAACCAGAGAAAGAGCUGAAAGCCCUCUGUGCUGAUCAGCUUGAUGUCUUUUUACAAAAAGAGACAAUAGGAUUUGUUGAAAAACUGUUUGAAUGCUUGACAACCAAGAACUACUUGGGAAAUCCACCUGCCAAGGAAUCUCCUAAAGAAGAAGUCAGACCAAUUCCAGUGAAAUCUGAUGUUGUAGAGGCUGAAACUCUAGAGGAAGAGAGAGAAAACAGGCGGCGAAGAAGUCCACAGAGAAACCGCACUGAGUUCAACGAGCCCAGGAGCCGUGAUGACAGGAGGAGAGAAGAACGCAAGCGGCGUGAUUUCGACCGGCACGGGAAAAGCAGCAGCGAAUCGCACCGUGAGAGGGAGCGGCACGAGCGCCGUAGGGGCAGCCCCCGUGGGAGAAGCUACAGUCGCAGCCGGAGCAGGAGCGGCAGCCGAGGAAAGAGCAGGGACCGGGAGCACAGAGGCAGGGGUGAGACAGACUUUAAGUCGAAGUUUGAGGUGGAAAGAAAGGACACAGACGGCUACAACUCCUCAACUACACCUGGCUCCCAGCAACAGCACAUAGCUCCUCUCCUGCCUCUUCCCACGCCUACGCACCCUUUUUCCUCCACUUCCUCCUCACCUGCCGGAGUCUCUGGAACUGGGGGUGUUCCCAAAGCUACUCCAGCUCACCUGCCUGACAGCACUACAGACACCUGGUCUGGGUACUAUGGUGCCCAGAGACAAGAUGGCGUUGGGAAGCCGUUCAACAAGAAUGUUUUACUAAAACAGCGCUGCAGGGAUUAUGACGAAAAAGGAUUUUGUGUCCGGGGAGACCUCUGUCUAUUUGACCAUGGCAACGAUCCUCUCAUCGUAGAUGACGUCAAUCUGCCAAAUAUUAUUCCUUUUCCACCCCCACCCGUUAUGCCCCCUGCUGGUCUGCCCAUGCCCCCCAUCACUGAGCCGCCACCCACCCUCAGGAUGCCUUCCAUGCCACCCUACGGCCAGCCACCACCUCCAGGCAUCUUCCCCAUGACUAGACCCCCACUGAUAGCAACCAGUCGCAUUGAUACCCCCAACCACCAAUCUGCAAUCACUUCCUCUCCUCCUAUCGGACCACCUGGUGUGGGGCUGCCGCCUACUCUUCCUCCUCCUACUCCUCCACCUCCUCCUCCUUCCUCGUCCUCAUCUGUGUCUCUUCGUCCACAAUAUGUCCAGUCUGAAUAUAACUAUGAUCCAGAGGGUUAUAACCCAGAAUCUCCUGGACUGACUGCUGCAGGCCGUAACCCGUACCGUCAGUUCAUUCCCCGGGUGCAGACCCAGCGCUCCAACCUCAUUGGCCUCACCUCCAAUGAAGGGCAAGGCUCCAGAGCUGCCAACAUUGUGAUUCAAACUGAGCCUGCUGCUACACCCAGCACAGCUGGAAGUAACGUGCCCCGUUUCAACAUGGAGCAGGACAACAGGAAGAGAACAAUGGCACCUAGUACAGCUGAUGGGCUAACGAUAAAGAAACCCUGGAUGGAGAAGCCAAACUUCAAUAACCAACAUAAGAGCAAUUUUCCUAAGAGGAAUCAUUAUGUGAACACAAAGCUGGAGGUGCGCAAGAUCCCACGAGAGCUCAACAAUAUCGCAAAACUCAAUGAGCACUUCAGCAAGUUUGGGACCAUUGUUAAUAUACAGGUUGUGUUUGGAGGAGACCCCGAGGCCGCUUUGAUUCAAUACACGAAGAAUGAGGAAGCAAGGCGGGCCAUAUCCAGCAUCCAGGCGGUCCUCAACAACCGCUUCAUUCGCGUGUACUGGCACCGUGAGCCAGGGAACAACAGCACAGGCCCUCAGCAGCACGAGCUGAGCUCAGGAAACCAGGCAGCUGGAUCAGCACCAGGCCAGGGGCUGCAGCACAGCAACCUGCAUAAGGGAACCAAGCCACACAAUCCAGCUGCGUAUGUGCUAAACAAGACUUUACCCAAGCAUCGUCAAGCUGCAAUAACUGGAACCACAGCGCCAACCAAAGACGGCCUGACUCCAAACACAGAUGCUGCCAUUGUGGCGCCUGCACUAACAAACACCCAGAAAGGUCCCUAUGCUUCAUCGGCCCUCAAGUCAUCGUCAAAGACUUUUGGGAAAACUGGGAAAGCACUGGAAGCACAGGAAGCCCUUAAGAAAAAACAGGAGGCAUUAAAACUGCAGCAGGACAUGAGGAAGAAGAAGCAAGAGAUGCUGGAGGCACAGAUUGAGUGUCAGAAGACUUUGAUAAACCGCCUUGAAAAGAACCGGGGCAUGAAGCCAGAGGAGAGAGCCAACAUCAUGAAGACUCUGAAGGAACUAGCAGACAAAAUCACUCAGCUGCAGAAUGAAAUGAGCCCUGCUUCCCAGGUCCCCAGUGCCAGAACCAACCACAGCCAGCCCAAAACAAAGACUGAUACUGAGAAGGAACUGCUUGAUGCAGAGCUGGACUUUCACAAAAAGAUGAGUUCUGGGGAGGACACUACAGACCUCAAAAGAAAACUGGGUCAGCUGCAGGUGGAGGCAACACAGCUGGGUCUGAUCCGGCCUCCAGCCGGUAGAGGCCGGGGGCGGGGGAAGAUGCCGCUGGAGCCCGGUUCGGCCCACGUGGGCCGGGGCAGGAGCCGGAGCCGCGAGAUGAUGGGUCGCGGUGGGGCAGUGAACCGCAUGGUGGUUGACCACAGACCCAGAGCCCUCGCAAUAUUGGGGGUCACUCAGGAGGAGAAGGAGGAGCUAAUGCCACACUUUGUGAAAUUUGGAGAGAUCGAGGAUCUCCGGGAUCAAGAUGCCAACAGUGUCAUCAUGACAUUUAAAACGCGAAGUGAGGCAGAGAAUGCAGCUAAUCAGGGAGCUAAGUUCAAAGGUCGCGUGCUGCAGAUUUCCUGGUACAAGCCCAAGACGUCCUCUGUUACAACAGAGCCAGAGGAGGAAGAGGUUAAAGAUGAGGAUACGCAGAAGAAGGGAAGGUCUUAUCUGCCGGAAGAGGAGGAGGAGGAGGAAGAGGACGAUGACGAAGAUGACGAGUAUGAGAGCCGAUCUUGGAGACGAUGAAGUCGCUGCGAUUCUUAUCAACUUGCUCUGCAGCAAGAUCAGUGAUUUCUUUUUCUCCACUUACAGAUAAAAUCUUUUUUUCUUUCAGUAUUUUCAGACUAAGUAAUUUUAGACUCUAAUAACAGUGAAAGUCUUUAUUGUACAUCAAGAGGUUUAGAGGGCAAAAUGUUUUUCGUAUCCCUCAAUUAAAAAAAUGAUUGAAAACAUCUCACUUUUGCUGAGAAAGAACUAUUAAGUUCUUAUAGAUAAAACCUUCUGUAAGUUUCAGUGUGUUUACCAGAUGAUUAAUAUCAGUAACGCACAAAGUUUGUGUUGACUGUGAAUAGGUAUUUUUAUACAUACUGUAUUUAAGCUCACCAGAUUUUGAAAUGUCUUCUAUGCGAGGACAGCCAUUCCAUCACCUAUAGAGAACGUUCUCUGUUCUGACCAGAGAGAUAUUUAUUUAUUUUUCCACUCUGUGGAUGAGCUGUGCCGCACGUAUAUUGGCCUGGCACGGUUUUCCAUUUCCAACAAAACACUUGCGCAUCUAUGUAUUUCUGACGGUGGCUCUGGGCGCUGGCAUGAAGACGUGCUAGUCGUGCAUGUUUUAUUUCAAAGUUAACCAAGCCCCGUGCACCCAGCACCCAAAGGUGCCGACGCUGUACCAUGAGCCCUUUGGAGCCAGGUACAGACGGUGCAAUAGGAAAUAAAACCUAGUGUUUUCAAAUCUCCACCAACAUCUUGCAGUAAAUAUUCACAUCUUCCCUACUUCGUUUGACCGUUGCUUGUCCUGCAGUCCUCUGUCCAGUGGAGCUGUCUUGCGCUUUUGAAGAUUUUUCACUUGUUCUGUUCUGUGUGCUGGUCGUCCUGACCAUGCAUUUCAUUGAGCUCCAUAGACAGGUGUUUGAAUGUAAUACUGAACAGUUGAUUUUAAUAUAUAUAUUUAUAUAUCUCUGUAGAUAUAUAGAUAUAUAAUUUGCCUUACUUAUACCAUCAGCAGAUGGCUGAACUUUUACAAGACUUUGAUUUUCUUUUGUACAUUUUGUAAAUGCCUGAAGGAGGAAUUACUGUUGUACUACUAUUGUUUUUUUUUUAUUUUAUUUUAUUUUAUAAACAACAGUUGAGUUGAGUAGUCUCUCUGCUUAUUUGAGACUUUUGCUCCUAGGGUAAGCCAGUCUAGCUGUUAUUUGAUUCACUUAUUUGGAGCUGUGUAAAACACUGUUGAAAGACAAGCACCUCACAAUACUGCAGAUCUUAUGCCUCCAUUUAAUUAAUUCACUCAAGACUACAAAUGUGCACCUUUCAGGACAGCUUCCGUUUUGGGAUCUUUCUUUAUGCUGCAUUCAAGAAUCCUGGAGGUGGGAGGAAGUCAUUCUUAGUCAAAAUGAGAAUAGGAAAAGGAGGAAACCUUUUCAGGAAGGCCUCAUUGCUUCCUCCCUACUUUAAUGAAAUGUUGACAUAAGCCUAUUUUGGUUACUAACUAUUGUGUCAGAAAACCAGUCAGAUUGAAGCUCCAAACCAAAUACUGGGGUGUUUAACGGUAGCAGGCUUACUCAUCUAAAAAGCCACACAGGCGAGUAGAUUAACAUGCAGCUUGGUUUUAUCGCGUGAUAAAAACGUCCUCCCACCUACAGCGGUAGCAGUGUUCCUGUUCGGACACCAUAUCUCUGUGCUGACUAAUAACAUGGAAGCAUCCUGUCGGCGUCUCAUGUUUUUCUAUUCACCGUCACUGUGUCAGUGGCAUAAAGUUCAGGCGUGUCAUGGAAAGCUAAAAGUUUCCCACACGCACUUGAUUUGUUCAGGUUUCUAGAAGUGAACAUUCGUAGAACGUCUCCCUCCCACUAUUUGUAUCUUCUGUAUGCUUCUUUCACAAUAGUGUAAAAAUGUAAAAUGGUUAUUGGACAAUAGUUUUGAAUUUGUUACUGUUUAUAUUUGCAGGAUGUGGAUGUAUUUUCUUCAUAUAUUUUGUUUGUAAAAAUGGAUUUCUAAUUUACUAGCAUGUUUGCUUUUGCCAAUAAAGACAGAGGAAUGGGUGCUUGCAAGAUGAUCAAGGAACAGAAAAAAAAAAUACUUGAAUUGGCCAUUGAAGGAGCAAAGAAGCGUAAAUUAAAAUACAUUUGAGAGAAAAAAAACAUUGGCAAGCAGGUGAAAAAAGACAAGCAAAAGCAUUCCAGAAAUAUUACCUUAAA